AUGCGUCUUUUUCAAUUUAUAUCAGAAAUCAAUCUAUUUGAGACAGAUGCGACCGAUAACAUUAGUAUUCGAAUUCAACGUUUAUGUACUUGGUUUUUUAUUUCGACUUUUGCCACAAGUUUACUGAUCGUGACUAUUUAUGCAUCAUUAUAUGCUGAAGAGGUACACAUUACAAUCCAAAAUCCAACUAUUGAUUUCUAUGCGGAAUUAGCAUCUAAACAUUCAAUAGAAUGUGACUGUUCAGAAACAUCCGUUCCUCAUAAAGAAUUCAUUAGUCUUCAACCGAUUUAUCAUCAAGUUUGUUCGAGUGAUUUUGUUACGCAACGUUGGAUUGAUUAUCUAUUCCAUUCAACUGAACAUUCUUUCUAUUUUUAUGCUGAUUUUCGUUCAACCGCUGUGCAACAAUUUCAGCUACUGGCUAUACUUUGUCAAUUAAGCAUUCAAGAAACUAAAGAUGGUCUUGAUUUGUUUUUUCAUACGGAAAUUAUUAGUGACAAACUAAUGAGUAAAGAUUUCCUUGUAGCAGAAACUGAAGCUCGUAUUGGCACAUUCAAAACAAAUGCACCUGAUGCAUUGCAUUAUAAACUAAUGUUCAUUCGUGAGAUGAUUGCAGGCAAUGCUCUCUUAUCGUCAACCCCAAAUAUUUUCCAAUUUAUGUUUCAAUAUCAUGAUUACGGAUACGGACCUGUUUGGAAGAUUAAUCAUGAAAAUGUUUUUCACCAAACUGACGGUAAUUUUUGUACUUGCAAGGAAUUUUUUACGUGUUAUUCACGCGCAGGAUUCUUUGGUGGUAGUCUUUUUAAUAGUGAUAAUUCGUUUGCUUAUUUAUAUAUUAUCGAUGGAUGGUAUACUGGAUGUCGACCAAUUGAUUCACUUCUUUCAUCAACAUUAAAAACUUUUUAUAAUCAAACAAUGAUUAAUUCAUUGUUACGAUAUUUUAAUAAUAUAUCAUCAAAUUUUACAUGCUUAGAUGCAAACAAAGAAAGUAUAUUUGAUGUGAAUACUAAUUUGUCAACUAUUGUUAAAUCAGGUUUUAUUGAAAAAUGGAUUGACAAUAUAAAUUAUACAUUAUAUUUUAAUCAUUGUGCACCAAAAUUGUGUUUCUAUACAAUCAACAAACGUUUCAACAUUAAUUAUAUUAUAACUGCAAUUAUUAGUGUAUACGGUGCUCUUUCUACUAUUCUAAGUCUUAUAAUUCCAAGUAUUGUAAGAUUAAUAAUUCAACAUAAUGCAGAAACAUCUCGUAGAGAUUAUUCUUUGAGAAGAUUGAAACAAUUAAUUAUUACUUGGCUUCGACAACUUAUUCCUGCUCUUAUUGAAAUGAAUCUUUUCCGUUCAUCAACACGUGUUGAACUUUCGGAUAUUUAUCAGCAACGAUGGUCAACUCGAUUUUACAUUACUUUCUUGUCAAUUUUUUUAAUCAUUAUAACAAUAUACACAGCAGCAAUAAAACAAACAAUUCCCAAAGAGUUAAUUGAACCUACGGUCGAUGAAGUCUUACAUCUUCAACAACAAACUAGUUUAUUAUCUCUUCAAUGUCCAUGUUCUAAACUUUCUUCAUUGUAUAAUUAUUCAAUUAAAUUAAUUCCUACCUAUCACGAAAUAUGUGACAGCAACUUCGUAUCGGAUUUAUGGUUUUAUCUAAUGCCACCUUCAGAAGUAUAUCCUGCCUACAAUUUUCGGCAAAAUGGACAUCUUUUCAAACUCAUUCAAUCAUUUUGUAAAUUAGCCAACAUAACAAUAAAAAAUGCUCUUAAUAUAUUCUAUGCAAAACAAUUAGUUACUCCAAAUCUAAUCACCGAAGAUCUCUUCAUAUCUCAAAUGAAUUCUGAAGGCGACUAUUUUCAACGUGUUACACCUAAUCGUUUUUCUUAUUUAUUGGAAUUCACACGUCAAACAAUGAAAGUUAACCAAUUUAUUUAUGGCGUCAAUACAAAUUAUGCUAUGUCGAUGGGAAAUGAUACAGGACAUGUGUUAGUUUACAUGGAUCCUCCUAAAGACUGGGAUGAUGGUAACGAUAUUACAUGUUCCCUUAUUUUUGAUCCCGUUUGUGAAUUACAAACCAAUUUAGAUAUCAAGGAUACGCACGGAAAUACCAUAUAUGUUUAUAUACCUGGCUUUUACACAUCUGUAUUCUAUGUUAAUUCCUUACUAUUAACACAACUCCAAUGUUUGUAUAAUCAAUCAUGCGUUAAUAUGAUUGGUGCUGUAAUUUAUGAUCAAUUUGAUUCACAUAAGUUUAUAGCAUUAUCUCAAACAAGUCGCUUUCCAAAUAAUGCCACCAUUGAUUUUCUUUCAAAGCAUUUGUUUGUCGAAUCUUGGUCGCAAAACGUAAGUUCAUAUAUAGAAUAUUUUAAACAAUGUCAACCUCAUUUAUGUUCGUACACAAUCAAUCAACGACGUACUUUUGUUUUACUCAUGACAACUGUUAUUGGUCUGACCUCUAGUGUAUCUAUGAUUCUUCAGUUUAUAUCACCAUUUAUUAUAUCUUUUAUUCUUAAAUGUUGUCGACAAACACAACAAACAAGCUCAUCUGAAGAUACUCAACGAGGUAGUAAUGUUUUUUUGGAAAAAAUCUUUUGA